AUGGCUAGUGAUUUGGACUCGACUGUGAUUAAACCUCUGCGAUCUCGAGUCAGAGAAAAGAGACGCUCCUCAAUGGGUCCAGGUGUCGGCGUUCCUGUUGUUAAGCGAGGAAGAGGCAAUAAUAUGUCUUCAGAGCUGCUGGAGAGAAAAACUUUAGAGAAGGAGGUCGAGACUGUCGUGAAGGCGUCAGUGACGACUCCGGAUACUCAAGGUCAGAUUCACGUGGUCGUAGGAAUCACUCAGGAAACUCCUGAACGUCCAACACAGAGCGACAGUCAGGAAUAUUCAGUAGGAGGAGAUCAAACAUCUGUGUGGUUUCCCUCUGAAGAGAGAGAGCCUGAAACUGAAGAUCACGUCUACAGAGCUGAGAACACCCAGAAACACAUUUUUCUUUCUAAAACGGUGAUCCGACCGGAGACCUGUUCACCAUGUGGUAAGAGGAUUCGCUUUGGGAAGAUGGCAGUGAAGUGCAGAAACUGUCGCCUGGUCGCUCAUCCAGAGUGCAAACAGAAAUUCAUUAAUGGCUGCUCGGCCACCGCUGCAGGAGCUUCAGCUCCGAUGGAUUCAUUGGAAAGGUUCGCUCCAGUGACUCAUCCCAGAAUCCCUCGGCUAAUCACAGAGUGUGUGACAGAGAUUGAAAGGCGGGGCCUGCAGGAGCGGGGUCUGUACCGGGUCCCUGGCGGCGGUCGUGUUGUGAAGGAUCUCAGCGAUCGCUUCAUGCAGGGUAAAACAUCACUCAUGCUCGGUAACAUUCAUGAUGUCCAUGUUGUUUGUGGAGUUCUCAAAGACUUUCUGAGGAAACUGAAUGAACCUCUGGUGACGUUCAAACUACACCGCACCUUCAUGGAGGCUUCAGAGCUGUCUGAUGAAGACAACAGCUCAGCCAUCUUUUAUCAGACCAUAGCAGAACUACCCAAACCCAACAGAGACACUCUGGCUUUUCUCAUGCUUCACUUACACAAGGUGACAAAGAGCCCUCAGUGUCAGAUGGAUCAGAAUAAUUUGGCAAGAGUGUUUGGACCAACUAUAGUUGGUCAUGGGAUGUCUGAACCGUCGCCAACGACCAUCAUGAGAGACACAAACACUCAACCGAAGGUUAUUUGUCGACUCUUGUCUCUUCCUGAAGAUUACUGGAGGCGUGUCCUGGCUGUUCACUCAGCUCAAAUGUCGUCUUCAUCCUCCACCAAUAAGACUCACAGUCAGGAACAUGGACACCGUCCGUUGUUUCAGCCGUUGACGUCUCCAGAGUUAAACAGUUACUAUAAAAUUCAAAGCAGAGGAUCUGUGAGAGGAAGGAUCAGAAACUCAUUAACCACCACUGGUCGGGUGGAAACAGGAAGGAAGUUCUUCACUUCACCCAGUUGAUCCAAUCGCCUGUAAAAUCUGACCCACUUCAGCCUUUAACUGCUUUAUUUCAAACUAUAUGUACUGAAACCCAAUCACAGAUUUAAUAAUAGUGUUGUGUACACAGUAUAAACAGAAUUUAGUAGUCCAUGGAUAAUGUCCAUAAUUAACAUCUGUUGUUUGUACAAAUAGCAAACGCGUCAGAACCAAAGAAAUGGUUACUGUUGAGGAAAAGAAAAAUCUCUUGAAUUUUUUAUGCAAGUCUGAGACUCAUCUGUCAUUGUUUACUGAGGAAUACACUUUUAAAGAACUGAUCUUAAAGUGUCUCACUCUGUUUUAACCCUGUUUGAUGUUUGUGUAGAAAAGCUUUUGUGUUGCUUUCUACAGUUAAGGACUUAGUCAGUAAAAAAGCCAGAAUGAACAUUUGAGAAUAACCUUGAGUGAAUAAUGUUGUUACCUGUUGUUGAAUCUUAAGCAUGAAUUAGUCUGAUUUGACUGUUGACCUGUGUCAGAAAAUAUUAUUAGUUUGUUUACUACAGCUACAUGCAAUCUAAAUUACAACAUGAACAUGAACUGUAAUGUGUGUAUAUUUGUAUGUUGAACAACUAGUUUUGUGCGUAGGGUGACACAGGGUCAUCAAAGUGUCUGUGGGUUUUGAAUUGAAGAAAAUGUAAACUAUGAAGGAUAAAAUCACCUCCAUGCUAUUUAUGUAAUAGGUUUGAAAUAAAGAUUAAAUAUGUAACCUCAAAAA